UUGCAUAACGUCACGGUCCAAGUCCCUUCAGAGGGUAUAUAAACCCCACACCCGGCUAGUGGAGAUCAUUCAGCAUGAACACGCUGGCAGUCAUCGCUCUUCUUCUCGUCAUCCCAGCCCUGCAAGUGCAGGGUGGGGCCAUUCAGGUAACGGAUCCACCAACGGGUCCACCAACGGGUCCACCAACGGGUCAACGAACGGGUCCACCACCUCCUUCAGACCGAUUUGACCCACGUGGAUUCUUCAAUUUCAUGAAGGAGCAAGCCAAGCACGCUCUUGGCUUUGCAAAGGAUUUUAAAGAUUUGGGGGGAAUCUUGGAAAAACUCGACAUGAUUGCGUUGGAGAAGAAGCAGAAAGAGAUGGAGAAGGCUGACCACGUGUUUGAGGGGACGGAGCACUUUCUGCUGUCGGCUCUCUCUUCACUGUUUAAAAAGCCGGAGGGUGAUGGGCCACCUCCAUUGUGUGGGAGUUUGGCGGGAUAUCUCAAACGCAGGCACGAGGAAGGGAAGCCAAUUGAGCAGAUGGAGGCAGUUGGACUAAUGGCCGACAAUUUCGGCUGCAUUGGGGAGAAAAUCGAAAACAUCUUUGAAAAGUUUGAAGAGGCUGCACAGGGGCCCCCCAACGCAGAUGAUGAGAUGGAAGUGAUUCUCCGCACCGUGGCCAAGAUUAAUGCCAUCCACCACACGACAGAGAAGUUUUUGAGAGCCGUGGGCGCGGCCUUCCCAACACCGGAGGUCGAGGAGGAGUCGGAGGAGGAGGAGGAGAGCGAUAGUACAAGGCGCCAGCUGAAUAACGAACUGCUGAAACUGCUGCUGAAGAGAGUGCUGGAUAAUGGGCCUGCAACCAAACGUGGCUUGAGAACUCUUCUUCCCAUCUUGAAUAAGAAAUACAGAAAAUAGAUUUAUACUUCUUCGUAUUGUUUCCCUCGGUUUGAUGCCCUUUGAAUGUCAGCAGCCCGUGCAUAUUGCACAUACUUUUGACGGCUAAAUUUAUUGGUAAGCGAAUCGCCUGUACUCUAAUUGUAAUAGUUACUUGUUUAAUAGUACGACUGUUUAUAUUUAGAAACUCAUUUUCCAGUGGAUAAAUCUCUGAUUCAUACUUUA